CCCACACUUCGCCACAACACACGACCAUGGCGCACGUCGAAGAGAAGGAGAACAUCGCCGACGGGCUCGUCGCGAACACAUCCUUCAACGCGCCAUCAUUACCCCCCAAGAAAACCGCGCCGAAGAAGAAACGCGCGAAGAGCAUCGGCCCAGGUGGCCUCGAAAAAGAAGAAGAGGCGCCGCUAAAGGCGAGCAGUGGGAACAGGAGAAAGUCUGCAUUUGUACCGGCUGUCAAGUCAAUCUUAUCCUCCAAUGCUGAGGAUGAGAAGAAGCGCAAAGAGGCCCGUCGCAAAUCGCUAGCGAAGAGACGCGUCUCAUUUGCGCCUGAGGCGACGCUGCACACAUGGGAUGUCGUCGAAUACAUGCGCGAUGCAACCAGCUCCUCCGCUGCCUCGGACGCGACACGACGGGCCUCGUUAGCCUCACAAGCACAGCAGCCCGAAUCCGAUCCCGCCGAACCCCCCUCCACACCACCUGAGCAGGUUGCAGAGCCAGAGCUCGAGGUCGAAACAACCCCGGCAAACCAGCGCGAAAGCCACCAGAAGAAGAACCGCCGCAGCUCUGGCAUCCCCCCCAUGAACUUCAACAACCCAGACGAUGUCUAUUCAUCGAGUCCUCUGAGCGGCGACAAUGCGUCGCCUGGGGACCGAAUCGAGGAGAGCGAAUCUGAGGAUGAUGAUGAUGCCACGGCGAACUUUGAUGUAGCACCUGAUACAGAUGACAGCUCACAGAGCAGCGCAAGACUGGACGCGGCGCUACGACAGGCAUUUGCACAGGCCGGAACACAGAAGCUGGAUCUUGAUGAGGAAGGCGAGAUGACCAUGGAGAUGGCGGACGAUGAGAUCACAGCGUCAUUCAAGCCCUGGGCGCGCAAAGGCGCAGAAGAGAAGGAAGCUGCUCAGUCUUCCUCGCCAGCUAGAUCAGGGGCAGACGAUGAUAUGAGCAUGGAUGUCACCCGCGCAAUUGGACGGAUCGUCGAACAGCCAGAAGCACAGAGUUCAGACAUGGAGGACGACACAGGCAUGAGCAUGGAGCUCACUAUGCCGCUCGGUAGCAUCCAAACAAUGGCUGCGAAGGCGCCAGCAAACCGAAGAAAGAGUCUUAAACGGAGAGUGUCAGCAAUCGAACCACCCCAGGGCAGUCCGGCGAAGAAGCCUACCAGCCGUCGUACCAGCCUUCGAAACCGCCGCAAGUCGGAAGAACCCGCCGCUGACGAUGCGACAAUGGAUCUCACCAUGGCCAUCGGAGGCAUCAAGAGUAACGCGCCUGUCGAGCGCCAGGAUGACGACGAUAGGCGGAGCAGUAUGGGCAGUGUUGCUAUAGACGAGACUAUGGACUUCACUAUGGCAGUCGGAAGUAUCAAGAUUGCACCAGUACCGGCUGUGGAAGCACAAGAGAGCGAUGCAGACGAUGAUGGGUUCACUAUGGAGUUUACCAAGGUUGUUGGACCUGGAAUCAAGCGCCUCGACAAGCCCACAACGACGCCCGAACAGCCCACGACAGUCGAUUAUCCUCUUCUGCCGGAGCUUGCAAAGACACCUACUCCGGAGAAGCCCGCGGUUGCUGCGUCAUCUCCCGCUGUCUCGAAAGCUCAGACACCACAAAAGUCUCCCAAGGAGUCACCUCGAGAGGUUAUAAACGCUGCCCCUGAGGCACAGUUGGACCCACUGCCGGUGCCGGUAGAGCGCACACCAACAAAGCCUCCUGUGGCUGCCAAGCUGAAUCUUGAUCCUGGCACUCCGGAGUUUGUAAGGCAGCUUUCAGCUGGUGACGUCGAGCCUUCGCCGUUUGUGAGGCGAACUCCGCUGAACUCCCUCAAAAAGGAAGCCGUUACUACUCCUGUCAGCUCCACUAAACCGAAGACGGCUGCCACUACACCUGUGAGCAACAGUAAGAAGAGGGAGUCUAUGGUCAUUCCAGCAGAUCCCAUUGAUGCUCCUAUCCUGAACAGACGCCGUUCGUCAUUGUCUGGCGUGCAGUUCAGUCCCAUCAGCGCACCGCGCGAGGAGCCGACGCUGAGGAGUACCGCUCUGUUGUCUAACAGCAUCAAGCUGCUAUCGACGCCUCGCAAAGCAUCCCUGAUGUCUCCAGUAAAGCGAGGCAUGACACCAAAGAAGUCACAGACUCCUCAGAAGCAGGCCACCCCCAAGCAGAAGACCCCGACGCCUAAUAAGAAGACUCCAAGAAAGUCUUUGAGCCCAAAGAAACGCGUUGUCUUUGGUGCAGAGCUUGAGAAGGAGGAGCCAAUUGCUGGUGAUGUCGACGAGGACGUGUCUGAAAUUGAGCGCAUCUCUCUGUCAGACUUCUUGAGCUUGACAAAGAUCUCCUUCAUGGACGUGAGCGCUAGCAAGCGACGUGCCACCGUUGCACCAGCUGCCUUCCGCGACAUGGACGUCGAUGAGACACCAGAGACAUUGGACCGUUACGUCGUUGCUGGCGCGUGCACAGUACCAGAAUAUGAGCUCUACUCGCAUGCUUGUCACGAGAUGAAGAGGUACAUUUCUUCUGGUCGCGAAGCUGUCCGCCAAAUUGAGGCGAAUGUCGAGGAUGACAACCCGCUACUCUUCAGCGAAUACUUGACAGCGCCGCCGGACCAGCGUACUAUCAUGGACAACCAGUUCAAGAACCUCAGAACGAACGCUCGUCUUGAGGCUCGAGGCGAGUGGUACACCUGGCGAAGUACCUUACUGGGAACUCUCAAAGCCAGUCUUCUUUCCACACUGGACGACUUCAAGCACGACGAAGCCUGCCUUCUCAACCAGGAGCGCCUUCUUGAUGUGGUCUUGCCACCUCUGAUCGAGAAGCAGGAGCAGCUGUCCGCCGAUCAAAAGCAACUGCAACAGCGCCACGACGAACUCAACAGCUGCGACCGCGAGGAGCUGGAACAGACUCGCGAGAAUCUCAUCGCCACUGACGCUGCACUGCAAGCGAAGCGUGAGCUCCUCAUGCAGCUCCAGCAAGAACUUGCCGACAAAGAGGCGCGCACCGACGCCGUGAAAGAGCGCAAAGUGGAGUGCCUUGCUGAGAUCAAGGCGGCUGAACGCGUCCGCGAAGAGUGUCGAGGCUGGUCCACGACUGAAGUUAGGGACCUCAAAGCCAAAGUCACCGCCCUCGAGAACGCUCAUGGCUGGAGCAUCACCUCCGCCUCUGCCUCCAGUAUAACCAUGACACACCUUUCCGACCUCGAGCUCUACUUCCAGCCGCAAUGCUUUGCCACCAGCCCGACGACGCCGACACCCAACGGCUCCAUCUCGCUCGCCUACAUUGGCGACUCUGCGCAACCGCACCCGCGACCGCUGACGACUAGCAAGCGUUUCUUUCUCCAGCUCAUCCGCGCGCAGUUACACUGCAUCCCUCAGAGCCAGACCUCCAUUGCUGAAGUCUUAGCACUUGUCAAGAACGGCUGGACAACAGCACUCGCCGUCGCUGAAGGCGUGAGGUGGCUCGAACAUAACUACGUAACUGAGGAGUGCAUUCUAAGCGACGAGCACAUGGGCAUCAAGGCAGACAUGCUCCUGCCCGCCCUACAGACCAAAGUCCGCGUCAACUUCGAGAUCGGCGUCGUUCUUAACUCGGGUGGUGUCGAGACGGAGGUCGAUGUGAAAGCAGAGGUUGUGUAUGGCGAGAAGUAUGGCGAGGAGAAGAUGGGUGCGUUUUUGAGGGAUUUCUAUGGUGAGGUUGUGAAGGAGGAGAGGGAUAUGACGGUUUGGGCUGAUGGGAUGUUGGAUCUUGCACAGAGGUUGAAGAAGACUGGGCGGAAAGGGGAGAGGAAGUAAAUGAUGCGUCGGAGCAGCGUUGUUGUCUUGUCGACCACUUAUGAGUUAUGACGGAGUUUGGUUCUUGGAUACGUUAUGGGUUUGGUGUUAUGUGUGGGGUUGUCUAUAUUUCAUUGCUUAUAGAGCAUUGUCAACGCAUCUUCACAUCU